UGUCAAUGUCAGUCAGCGAUCUGUCAAAUGUUUGAUUGUAUUUUUAUUACAAGCGUCUUACUUAUACUUAAAUAAAAAGUCCAAUUAUUCCUAUAGGAAUACCUAGUGUUAUCUCUUGUUAAUGUAGACGUUUGAAUUUUUAUAUAUUAAUAUAGUCAACAUGUCAGUGCAUUGGAGUUCGGAAAUAAUGAAAUGGGAGUACCGAGAGCUGCAAGCCACUGCGAUGACAGUGGAUUAUUCCGGCAACAACGUGUUGUUGGCCGGCCGGAGGUGGUUAGCCAUAAAACAAAUCAAUUUAGAAGAAGAGACGGGAAGUAUUGUUAAAAAAUAUCCCCGACAGAGUAAAUAUGACGCUGCUGGUGCAGAGUGGUGCCAGACGUAUCAUGGCCAAAAAUUGUGUGCUAUCGCGAGUAACCAGAGAGUUGAUGUAUAUGAAUGGCGAGGUGGUAAUGAACUUACCUGUAUAACCUCCCUCCGUGGUCAUACCAGGGUAGUCAGUGAUACACAUUUCCACAGGCAGGACCACAACCUUAUUGCAACAUGUUCCAUUGACACAUUCACACAUUUAUGGGACUUGAGGGAUGCUAGAAAACCUAUACUUUCCAUGUGUGCUGUAGCUGGUGCUUCACAAGUACAAUGGAAUAAAGUGGCCUCACACAUAGUGGCCACAGCUCAUGAUGGCGACAUUAAAAUCUGGGACUAUCGUAAAACCACUGCACCCAUCCAAUAUAUAUCUGCACAUUUAUGCAAAAUUCAUGGUGUAGACUGGAGUCCACAUCAUGAGUAUCAGCUUGUUACAUCAAGUCAUGAUGGAAGUAUAAAAUAUUUCGACAUUAAUAAUCCAAGGAGACCAGAUAAUGUAAUAAUGACCAAUUUUCCUGUAUGGAGAGCUAUCUAUACUCCAUUUGGAAGUGGGUUAUUGACUAUAGGAGUUGGCUGGGGAGGCUUACCUAGAGUGGAACAAGCAGGGGUUAUUGGAAUCUGGGUAGGGGGCACGCUCUCCCACAGACUAGUAGGACACACCGAUACAGUGCAGACUAUGGUCUGGAGACCAAACACUUCUCCAUCCAACUACCAGCUUGUCACAUGGGGUAGAGACCAGUCCCUUAGAGUGUGGUCCAUGCAUCCAUCUCUUUUGAAGAUGUGCCACCACUAUUUACCUGAUGAUGCAGAGAAUGAAGAUUACAAUAAUAGUGAUACUGCAAGCUAUGCUUCUACAGUUAGUUCAAUGAAUGACAUCUCUCUGGCUGAUAAUAAAGGUCCAGAUACCCAAAUGAAAACUUCUACCACAAUUGACGAAGAAUUUGAAUCUAUCCGCGAAAUGGCCAAUAUCGAAGUUACUGAUAUGAAUAUCGAAACAAGAACAUGUCAGAUACAUUCUGAACGGAAUGGUUACACUGCAAAUUUACAAGUCAUGUUCCCGAGAAAUGUCACUGAGCAAACAAUCCCAAAAUUCUCAUGGUUAUCUGGAACUAAUGUGGAUGGCGUGACUACCAUCAAAAUUCUUCAAGCUAUCAACGUCACUGCUUAUCGGAAGAAGAAAGAAGGUCACAGAUGUCUUUUGCACUGUUUGAAAACUUUAGCUACAUCUAUUGAUGAGAUACCAGUAAAAUCCAGCGAUGACUCAGAUUCCAUGAAAUCCAGCCAACGAAGUCAGUCCGAGAGUGAAAAUGCGGGUGACUCGUGUAUACCAUUUCCUCGCACUUGCGGUGCGAAAUGGUGCGGCGUUGACACCUUAGUCGUAUUCAAUAGACCACCUAACACUCGACGUCUGUCUUUGAAACACGAGACUGGUACACCUCGGUCCAUGUCUUCGUUGUCGCUGACGCCCGCGCUAUUCGGUGCUGGAUACAGUUCGGUGUCACCUCAUGCGACUACAACACCGUCGCCUACAAACGCUCCAGGUUUCCCGCAAUUACAUCUUAGACAUACGUCGAAUUCUAUAACGAUGUCUUAUUUUCAAGACAGAUGGAAAGCCCAAGGACGGCGUGCUGGAAGUAUGAGAAGUCGUGGAAGUAUAUCAGGAUGCGUAUCACCCAGAGUGGUUUUGUACGCUGCCUCUAGCCUGUUCCCUCUAAAUCGCAUUCUAGCUGAGAAGUACGUGAUCAAUGCUAAGAAUCCCGUUGACAUGUGCGAGAAGAACACUAAAAUCGCUACAGAGGAAGGGGAAACUGAAUUGGCGCAUGCGUGGGGUUUGGCAGCGCAGACAGCGCGCUCGCUGCGGGCACGACUCGGUGACAGCGGUGCCUCCAGUGAGGAGACCAUGGGCUGGGAGGGCCACACACUGUGCUGUAACCUCUUACAGUCACUAAUAACCCACUACGCGAAAUCGGCAGAUCUACAGAUGGCUGCAAUGUUAGCUUGUGCGUUUAGUGUUUUUAACAACACUAACAAUUCUAGCUCUCAGUCCAGCAUCAGUACCUCUAGUUACGGAAACAACACUUCACCCUAUAGUACGCUAAAUCAAUAUAGCGAAAUAAGUGCCGAUGGAUGGACUUUACCUAUCGUACUAAGAAGCAAUUCUUGUUCAGAAGCUGAAAAUUUCUAUACGGAUUCUACAAUGACGAAGUCUGAACGACCCUCGUCAUGUGUACUAGAUGAAACUACUGAACACCUUUAUUAUUGCUUCAAACGCGCAUAUGCGGACAUUUUACACCGUUGGCAGUUGUUAUAUAAGAAAACAGAGGUGAUGAAACUAGUGAAGUGCAAGCACGAGCACACCCCGGCGGGCCCACAGCUGGUGGCGGAGUGCGGGUGGUGCGGGCGCGCGGCGGCCGGCGCGGCGUGCUCGCACUGCGGCCGCGUGGCGCUGCGCUGCGCCGUGUGCACUCUCGGCGUGCGCGGGCUCGCGUGUCUGUGUGCCUACUGCGGCCACGCCGGCCACGCGCAACACAUGAUGCGCUGGUUCACACAACGCGAUACUUGCCCUACAGGGUGCGGAUGCAAGUGUCUCAUAGAAGCCAGCUCCCUAUGGAAAGGUGUCAAAUACGUAUAACCAAAGGUAAAACAUUACUUUAAAUGUGAUAAAUAUUUAGGUUUUUACGUAAUUGUUCUGGUCUCUUUUUAUUGUAGCUAGAUAAAAAUACGUUGUUGAGGAAAUGACUUACAUUUUCAGCUGGCAAUAUUAUGUCUAAAAAAGUUAUUGACGUUAACAUGUAUAAAAUUGACGUUUCGCUUUAAUAAUAAACUUUUUGUUUUAAGUGUCGUUCAGAUUUAAUACUCAAAUACAAGAUACAAUAUCUCACUCUCUUACAUUUCUAAGUUUUUCUACAUUUUUUUGUAUACAAUAUCUCACUGUCUUUUCUUAUCUUUUAAUAAAAACAUAACAUUAUGCUGUAGGAUAUCUGCAAAAAGAUUUUUUAUAUCUUGCAAUAAUUAUAAUGCUUUUUUUUGUAUCAAAUUCAUCGUAUUUUAUACAGAUGAAAGAUAAUAAAAAUAUUAAAUUCUGCAUAAUUUUUAACUUUACAUACUAUUCAUUAUUUAUGUGUUGCAAUAACACGCGUGUUCAGUGAAGGUUCGUGCAUUUGAGAAAUAUUUGUAUUUUGUUUUCUGAGAAAACUAAUAAGAUCACUGUUUUACCGUCAUAUUAAAUAAUUAUUUAAUACUUAUCGGUAAGUAUGUUUUAAAUUUGUUACCAGCAACAAUUGUAUCGUAGGUACUUAUAAUUUUUUCAGAUAUUUUUAUAUCGCCCUUUUGAGGAAUGCUACAAUUUUUGUUUACAGUGCGAAGUUAAUAUUAUCAAAAGGGUUAUUUUACAUUGUGAUGGCUGGAAAUAGCCAGUCUUGACUUACCUACUCUAUAUUAUUUUACUGACUCACUGAACUAUGUAUCAGUUUGUGAAAUAAAUAAGUUAUACUUGAUCUGGUAAAUAGAGAAGUUUGAACAAAGGUAAAGUUUCAAAACCCAUCGUAGUUAACUAAGAAAGAAUAAUUAAUUAGGUUGAAGUAAAGUUAUAUAUACACUCGGCGUCAAAAAAGCGCACCUCCGCGAUAAUACCUUUCAAGCGUUAUUAUAAUCAACACACGCAUUUACCCCAACCAAUAUUGGUGACAUUUGAAAGCCCAUUAAAUAAACUUAAAAAACAAUUCAAAUAAUUAUUAUUUUGUAUUGGAGCCGUGCAAAUAAAGUUUACAAAACAAUAAAAAUCCUUAAUUAGGCUUUAAUUAAAACCAGAUUAAUUACACAAAAAAAUACAAAUAAGUUCUUAAAACUAACCUGAAACCUAGAUUUUUAAUUCAGGGCGAUUUUGCCCAUGCCUUUCUUCGGAGCAACCCCUAUUCCGCAGACGGACGCGUUGACUUGUUGUCGACGAAGGCCUAAGAGUUGUACUGCAUUUUCCGUGAUUAGGGUGAUUUGAGAUCCCUAUAUUUUUUCUCAUGUUUGUCAAAUUUUGUCACCAUUUUUUGUCAUUUUAUUUAAUAUAAAUUCUUCUCUUUUUCGAAUAGGCUCUAGUGCUGUUUUAAGUUCUAUAAAUGCAAAGAAAUCCUCUAAUUUUGCAAGUUCCCGAGGGUUCUUUCUUGCCUCUUGAUAAUCGCGAUAAGUCUCUGUGUCAAGCUUUUUAGACAAGAGAUAUACAAGCAGAGGACCCCACGUUGCUACGAGUAUGUCCACUCCCAGAUUUUGUAUGGCAUGCAUGCAUUCUUUACUUGUGUCAUGUAAUUUUUUAAUCUCUUAUGACAUUUGCUUUAAAUACUUGGCUGGUUGAGAAACACUUCUAUUUGUUUGGUAAAAAGGAGUUGUUUAUUAUUAUAACGUUGACAUAAAAUAUCCCAUGCGGUGUCAUAAUUGUCUGCAGAGAUGUGGAGAUGCUGGAUCAAUCUCUCUGCCUCUCCUCUCACUUUACUCUUUAGGUGCUGCAUUUUUUGUGACUUACUGAGUGUAGUGUCGUUAUGUAUCGUUUAUUUAUACAAAUCUAAAAAUGUAGGCCAGUCUUUAUAAUUCCCUGUAAACACAGGAGAGUCCAUUUUCGGUGUUGAUUCUUUAAGAUGAGCCGUACACGAUAUGUGUCUAUUUAAAUCCGUUUUAUUUUCCUAUCUCUUUGCUCUUGAUCGUUAAACUCAUCUUCAUAUUCCGGGUUCGACUCGUCUAUCAAAUUAUCUAUUUUCCAAUGUAGUUUGUCAAUACACUCCCAGCGUGCUUUUAUGUUACGAAGUUCAUUUCUAACUCACAUUUUUCAUCUAUCCCGUCCACAUUACAAUACUGAAUUUGCCUAAGAAACGCUUUAAAGUUGGUUCUUUGUUGAUGUAUCAAAUUUUUCAACUUUGAUGUGUCAUCUGAUACUGUAUUUUGCCCAAUCUCUAUUUUGUCACCUGACAUCUUGAAACUCACAAUCAUAUCCCGCGUCGAUUCAUAAUAUUCUUGUGUUUGUUGGUACACCUUUUUUUAUAAAAUAUUCAUUCAAUAGUUAGUCAUGAUUGAAUUCAAAAUCUUCCCAAUAUUUGUCUACUCUCUCUAACUUGCUAGCAAUGUACUCAGGAGUCUUUCUUCUAAAAUAAUCUUUCUUGAAAUUAAUAUUUUCCCUUUCUAAGCCUCUAUAACGGACUGCUGAUUAUCUAAAAUAGCCUCCAUUCUUGUCAAUGCGUCGUUUAAGUAAUAAUGAAACAGUCUUACUUGGUACUGAUGUCACCUGCGACGAAUGUCUCUUCGGAAUCCAAGAGACGACGGUGUCACGAUGAGAAGUUCAUUGAUAGAUCACCGACUCCAGUUGCAGGAUAUUGAUGUCAGCUGUGUAGGAUGUUGCCUAGAAAUCCGAGAGACAACGAUGUCACGAUGAGAAGUUCGCGAACAGACCACCGGCUCCUCUGUCAGGUAUAGCUUCAGAGAUGAUUGCUACAACGCUGUGCGCCUCGAUCGCUAGUCACUCGCAAGGCUACACGGCUUUGCUUGAUUGUUAUAUUAGCACAUCAAAAUAUGUCACUUUUUGAUUUUACUAAAUGUUGCAAUUGUCAUUAAUUGAUAUAAAACUUUAUUGACACUAAUUAAUGUCAAUAAUUGAGUUAUAAAUUGUCACUGAUUGAUGUCAUUUUUUUAUUACUUAUUAUAUAUUACGCAAAUAAUUAUUAUUUAAUACGCAAAUAGUGACAACUAUUUGCGUCACUUAAUAAUUGUAUUGUCACUAAUGUAUGUCACUGCAGAAUGUCAUAAGAUUCUAUAGUAUUGCAAAUUAUUGUCACUGGACGCCCCGUCACUAAUAUAAUAUGUCACUUAAUAUUAUCGCAAUGCACUGUCAAUCCUGUCACUGAUAAUACUUUCCUAAACCACGUUCACGUAUUUUCGCGAAACCGAAAAUCUAGAAAAGUUCGCUCGAAGGACCAAACUGGAGGGGCCGUUACUAAAACCCUUACGACUGUCAAUAUGUCAAUUACUCACGGGACGAUAGUCAGGAGAUAAUUAUUAAAAUACGUCAAUAUGAUGUGAAUGCCUUUAUUGUACUGUCAUAUAAUAUUGGUCUUAAAACAAUUACUGGGUCAACUGUGUCAGCAGUUGAGAGUGCAUCGACUCGGAAUGCAAACUUAAAAAAAAAUAUUAUUAAAAUGGCUUGUACAAAUGUUGUUGACUUAUAGAGCGGAGGCCUAUCUGGAGCUGUUCGGCGAGGGCGAACAGGCGUUGUAUGUCGUCCUGUGUUGUGUAUGCCUGUUUGGAUCCAGGCGCCAGUUUUUCAGGUGGCUGUGGUUGCGCCGCGUCGAUUUUUUGACCAGCGUGGCGACCACUUUUUUUUCGACGGCGCGGCGGCGGGUGGUAUUAGUCCCGUCGUGGACGGGCGGUGCGUUAGCUGGGGUCAUGAGCGAGGCCAGCGCGUGGUCGCUUACCUCGGUUCGUGGUAUUGUCGCGUUUGUGAUUGGGCCGGUUUUGCCCACUGUUGUGGCAGGCUUGUUCCAUACAGGUGGAGGCGGGGUCAGGGACGUGGCCACUACCUGUAAGUAAUUGAGGGUAGUUGUGUUUUUUCUCUUACCGGCUCUCUUGUCGGUAUAGCUGUCUCGCUAUACCCCUUUUUACCAUCGUUGCUUCCGAUGUGCCGAGUGUUGAGUUGGUUGGGGUUGGCGAGCCGAUGACUUCUUGAUGAUGUCUUGGGCGUUGCUCCCGCUGUUGCAUUGUUACGGGAGUCGUUAACUGUGGCUGUGGUUGUGGUGAUGUCGUCGGCGUUUCAAGCGGCGGCGUAGACUUGUCGCUGAUACUGUGGGACCUGCGUUGGCGCGGGUCACGCGGGUCCGGCGUUCGAGCAGUCGCACAGACGUGCUUCUCCUGUUGGUUUUGUUGGGCUGACGGAGGGCCGCAUUUUCUCUUUGUCGUGUUGCUAGGUGGUGGCGGUGGCAUCUCGAUGGACAGCUCUCGGUUUGCGUUGAACGCUGUAAGUGCGAGCUUGUCUGCUUCGGUGGGCAUUGUGUGCCACCCAGCUCAAACUCCACUAACCGCAUGUAAACUCUUUACCAUCGGAUUAGGCCUUCUGACAUGCAGCCAGAUUGGGCCAGCCUAGCCACUAUCAUGAUGUCCGGUUCAUAUAGGACGCGCUGUGAUGGGCGGCCCUUUGCAACCAAUGGGCUAGGGUAACCCCCAUUGAACCUGGAUUAACCCUUUUGUAAAGGUAGUGCAACUAUUGGCCCUUUUGAGGAACAAAAUUGGCAUUUUUUUUUAAAGUCACAUUUGUAGUAUCAAGCUUUUUUUUUAAUGAACUGGAAUUGUUUUUCUUAAGUUGAUUUAAUGGGCUUGCAAAUGACGCUAUUGCGAUUUAUGUCACGCCGAGUGUAUACAUAUAGAUUUUAAUUAUACCAUUAUUAAAGUAAUUUAAAACAUAACCUUGUACUUGAAAUUUCGGGGAUGCUUUUUAUAUGCGCUCUUACUUCGAUUAUAUUAAAAAUUUUACUUUUCUAUUAUAAAUCAAGUUCAGACUUGAGCCAAAAAUGUGUGUUUACAACUUAAUCUACACUUUAAAUUAUAAGUUUUAUAAGAAAGACUGCAAUUUGUACAGUUUUAAUAAAU